CAUACUAAUCUUUUAGCCUGUUUAACAGCAGCUGGUCGUUUUCUCUGCCAAGCCAAAAACCAAAUAUAAUUCUGCUACCGUUGAAGACUUAGGGUUUUAGGUUUUGCAAUUUCGGUUUAUUGGUUUAAAUCCAUUUUGUUGAUUCAUGGAAGGCGCGAAGGAGCAAGAAUCAAAUGGAUUACUCGAUAGGAUCCUCCCUCCGCGACUCGAAGACGCGGGCCUCGAGGAAUGUGCUCUUCCUCCUGACUCUAUCAAGGAAGCUUUCUUCAAAGCAGCCUCCGCCGUCAAGUCACGCGCCACCUAUAUCUUCACUGAUGAUGAAGAAGGGGAUUGUGUCCAGGACCCAUGGCCAGAGGCCAAAGACUUGUCUGACGAGGUUAUCGCCGGGUCACCGACCUCUGCCAUCCCAGAUGCUUUGGUGGGAGUAGACACGGAGAAGGAAGCUCCCGGAUCAUGCAUGGUCGAGAAGGGGGUGGUGGAGUGCGGAGAUAAAGUGGUGGUGGGUGGUGGUGAUGUGGGGGAGAGAGAGAAGGAGAACGGGUGCUUGAAUGAUGAGCUGACGGGUUUGCAAAUCGGAGACAAGAAGGAAUCGAAUGGUGGUGCAACUGGUGGUAAUGGCUAUGAGGAACAGAAGGAGAAAGAAGGUGAGAGGCCAGUACUGACUGAAGGAUUUGCGUAAGACAAAUUUUUUUUUUUUAUCGAGUUUAUGAGGAACAGAAGGAGAAAGAAGGUGAGAGGCCAGUACUGACUGAAGGAUUUGCGUAAGACAGUUUGUUUUUUUUUUUUUUUUUUUUUUUUUGUUUUUUUUGUUUUUUUUU